AGAAUAUCGUACUCCACCAUCAUAUACCAUGUUGUACGAGCUGAUUGCAAUUGUCCGCCCCGGCAGCCUCCAGGAGGUCCGAGAAAUCGCCCGUACUGCGGGUAUUCAGGUCUUGCGCUCCGGCGGCGUCGUCCGCGGCUACACCAACUGGGGCCCCUUCCGACUGCCCAAGCCCACCACUAAGCACCAGGCCCGCUACACCGAAGGCCAUCACUUCAUCAUGCGCUUCGACUCCUCGGGACCCGUCCAGGAGGCUGUCCAGAGAACCCUCAAACUCGACCCCCGUAUGAUCCGCUUCUCCGUGGUCAAGCUCGGCGACAAGCUGGAGGAGAUGAGGCACGUGGAGGGCAAAGUGGAGUGGAACAAAUACCGUGCUAUCACCGACCAGAUCUCCUGGAGCGGAUAGAGGAGAUGAUCGAUUUGCACUUGUGAUUGAUGUUUGCGACGAACAAAAAUAAAGCGGGCGAAUCUGUCAUUUGGUUCAGCCCCCCCCUGUGGCGCGACGCGUCUGAAUCGUUAUUGUAUCAUAUCUGGGAUGGGUGUUUUCUCUGUGUUUUCUGCUUCUUCGUCUCUGUUGUAUAUCAUAUCAGCAUCGUUGGCGCAUAUACCUGAACUGGGCAGCUUUUUGG